AUGUUGGAAGACGAGACAUCUGGGUGGUACAGAUUGGAGGAUGGAAUAUUAGUCGUGUGGGAAGGUGUAUGUUGCCUGAAGCUUAAUGAUGUGAUUCAUUUAUUUAAAAUCCGAGAUGGCAAGUUGCUUGACAUCACAAUGCCAACAGACAUUGAAGUAAAGCAGGUUUGCUCCGAUGGUUACUGGGAAUGUGCAGAGGUAACGGGAACGUUAGACAAGUCUCAGUCAAUGUUCUACUACCAUGCUGAUAACACAAAGAAUGCUCAAUUGAUGCUGAAGCAUCUCAUCGAGCUGACAUCCACGACCAUCCAAUCAUUAAAUAUUCGACUAGAUCCGGAUCCACUUCGUCUACUCAAUUCAAAACAAAUAUCAAACAGGAUUAGCGAGUGGUCCCAACUGGGCAAACAGUACUGUAAUGACUAUCGAAUAAUACUCGACUCUAAUAUGCCAUUAUGA